CCUCCCCAGACCCCCUAGUGCUGCCGGCCCCGCACCCAGCCCAGUGCCGGGGAGAGGAGAUGGGCGCAGGACGGGGCGUCCCCAUGGCCCAGCUGGCCCUGCUCACCCUGCUGGCCCUGCCGGGCACCGGGGCAGUGACAGCGGAGAACAUGCUCUCCCAGGUGGCCUUCUACCAGCGCACGGAUCCGGCCCAGCGGGAGGCCGGGGAGUUCAUGUUCGAGUUCGACCAGGACGAGAUCUUCCACGUGGACCUGGAGAGGAAGGAGACCGUCUGGCGCCUGCCCGACUUCGGCAAGUUCACCAGCUUCGAGGCACAGGGCGCCCUGGGGAACAUGGCCGUGCUGAAGAAGAACAUGGAGAUCAUGAUCCAGAGGUCCAAUCGCACGCGGGCCCAGACCGGGCCCCCUGAGGUGACCGUGUUCCCCGAAGACCCCGUGGAGCUGGGGGAGCCCAAUGUCCUGAUCUGCUUCGUGGACAAGUUCUCCCCACCGGUGCUCAGCGUCACGUGGCUGAAGAACGGGCAGGAGGUGACCGAGGGCAUCUCCGAGACCGACUUCUACCCCCGCCAGGACAACUCCUUCCGCAAGUUCUCCUACCUGCCCUUCCUCCCCAGCCAGGGCGACUUCUACGACUGCCGGGUGGAGCACUGGGGGCUGCCCGAGCCCUUCACGAAGCACUGGGAAGCCCAGGUGCCCACCCCCGUCCCCGAGACCACAGAGACCCUGGUGUGCGCCCUGGGCCUGGCCGUGGGCAUCGUCGGCAUCAUCGCGGGCACCAUCCUCAUCAUCAAGGGGAUGAAGAUGAACGCCGCCCGCAACCCGCGGGGCCCCCUAUAAACGCAGGGAGGAGCCCGGGUCCCCGAAUCUCCCAGGUGCCUUUGUGGGACCCACUCGCGCACCCCCCAGCUCUGCCCCCAGCGUCCCUCCUCCGUGCCUGUUGCCAGCUGCUGUGCCCGGGCAGGAGCCCCCAGCCCCAUAACCCCCAACCCGCUA